GAAUGAAUCUUACCCAAUUGAAUAAUGCACCGUCAUGCCUCGUCUAUCAUAUAUACUCUAGAACUAUAACCGCCCGCACUCUGGACAAGACUGUUAACCAACCUCUCUAAGUGCGCGCUCACUCCUCCUUCUCUCACUCUGCCGCCGUGCCGCCCAAUCGCCGACGUUCACAAAUGCUACCGCCAAAAUCCGACCUCCGUGCCAACUCGAUGCCGCGUGUGGUCACGCCAUCGGAGAAAGUGAUCGUUGCAGUGAAAGCGGAGAAGGUGAUCACCAAAGCCGCGCUGGCCUGGGCUCUGACUCACGUCGUGCGUCCCGGUGAUUGCAUUACGCUUCUCGCCGUUUAUUCGGAACGGAAAACCGAGAGGAAGAGUUUUUGGGGGUUUCGGAAGCUGAAAGGAGACUGCCGCAGUGGUGACCGAGUGAACUCGUCGCCGGAUCGGAUAUGUCAAAUCACCGACUCGUGUUCUCAGAUGGUUCUUCAAUUUAACGACCAAAUCGAUGUCAGAGUGCGGAUUAAGGUUGUGUCAGCCAAUUUUGCUGGUGCAGUGGCUGCUGAAGCGAAGAGCAAUGCGGCUAGCUGGGUCAUACUGGACAAAAAAUUGAAACAAGAACGCAAGUUUUGUGUGGAGGAACUUCGCUGCAAUAUUGUAGUCAUGAAGGGUUCCCAGCCAAAGGUCCUUAGACUCAAUUUAGGGUGCUCGGAUGAACCACAAACGCCUUACGUUUCUGCUGAGGCUUCACCUGUUUUGGAUAAUCGAAAUUCAUAUGGGCAUAGGAUGAAACAUUCUACUCCUGUAAGCAGUCCCGAGGAUCAAAGUCCUUUAUACAUGAGAACUCCAGUAGAAAAUUUUACCAGACAAGACUCAUUUCUUUUAUAUCAGCACAAUCCACUAUACGAAGGUCCUAAUAAAGCAAAGUUCUUUUCAGCCCAUAAAGACAAUGAGUAUGAUGAUCAGCUUAAUGCAAUGGAUUCAGUUGGGGAAAGAAUUAUAACUCUAUCAUCUUUCCAAAAGUCUGAAACUGAGAGUCGUGAAAGAAUUUUUUGGAUUCCUCAGAACCACAUAAUUGAUAAGAACCUUUCAACAGUAGAAAGCCAAAUAAACACCUCUGGGAAGGACAAAAAUACUAUUACUUCCAGAAAUGAACAUGAUAAUUUUUCCCCACACAAUCAAGGUUUGAUGAGGAGGGACCAAAACUUUGAGAUAGAUUUUGUCAACUCCAGCAUCAGGGAGGCAGUCUCUUUAGGUAGAACCUCUUCAAAACCUCCUCCUCUGUGUUCAAUUUGUCAACUUAAAGCCCCAUCUUUUGGGAAGCCCCCUAGACAGUUUCUUUAUGAAGAACUAGAGGAAGCAACAGAUGGGUUCUCUGACACAAAUUUUCUGGCUGAAGGAGGGUUUGGUUUGGUUCAUAAAGGGAUUCUGAGGGAUGGAUUGGUGGUUGCUGUAAAACAGCUCAAGUUUCUAGGUUCUCAAGCUGAUACUGAUUUCUGUAGGGAAGUGCGAGUAUUGAGUUGUGCACAGCAUAGGAAUGUCGUACUUCUGGUUGGUUUCUGCAUCCAACAAAACAGGAGAUUAUUAGUAUACGAGUAUAUAUGCCACAAGUCCUUGGACUUUCACUUGCAUGGAAAAAAUAGAACUACUCUAGAUUGGCACUCAAGACUGAAGAUAGCUAUUGGCACAGCUAGAGGCUUACGCUACCUUCAUGAAGAUUGCAGAGUAGGAUGUAUAGUUCACAGGGAUUUGCGGCCAAAGAACAUCCUCCUAACUCAUGAUUUUGAACCUUUGGUUAUGGAUUUUGGGCUUGCACGGUUGCACAGUGAAUGGGUGUUUUCUGAUGACAAGCACCUUCUUGGAACUUCAGGGUACCUGGCACCAGAAUUCUUCACUGAUGGAAAGGUUACAGAGAAAGUUGACAUAUAUGCUUUUGGCCUUGUGUUGUUAGAGCUGAUUACUGGUAAAAAAACGAGCGACUUUCUAUAUUACAAGGGGCAGAGCCUUUUACUGGAGAAUUCUUACCCUUCAGCUACGGUGGAACCAAUUCAUAUUUUAGCACAUAAGCAUCAGUUGCUGGAUUCCAAUUUGGCUUCAACACAACUUCAUAACUUACCCCGGGAACUACAGGCAAUGGGUUUUGCAGCGUCAUUGUGUUUACAACGAGAACCUGACUUGCGUCCUCCUAUGUCCAAGGUCCUUAGAGUACUAGAAGGAGGGGCUACAGUCCUGCCACUGGAUUUAGACUCGAAUUUGGUCAGCAAUAGAAGUAGCCAAAUGCAAGGCGUGAACAUAAGCAGCCGUCCAGAACCAAGGAGGCAUUCUCGCCGACUUUCAUACUGACACAACAUUCUGAAAACUUGGUGCUACUCUGAAGAUGAGUGCCUGGUAAGAUAUCAUUCAUUCUUUUAGGAUCUAAGUUAGGUUGUAAUACUUCACUUCUUUUGCAAUGCAUUGGAGAAGAGGUAUAAAUGAAAUGACUGAAACAUUUUCUUUGUGACUAGGAAAUACAGACAUUAGAUGACAAAGAUAUAACUGUAUAACUGUAUGUAAUAUUCUGUUCCUGCUGUUAAAAAAUUGCUCCACGCUUUCUUUAAUAAA